UCUGCGAAGGCUACGCAACUUCCGUCAAGCUGUUUGAGGACCUCAGGAUGUCCAUGCUUGCUGAACCCAAGAAAAAACUGAAGUGGUCUGUUGACCCCAGGAACAGCGCCUGGUCCAAGGAUGAAUCCAAAUUUGGCCAGAAGAUGCUGGAGCGAAUGGGCUGGUCCAAGGGCAAGGGCCUGGGAAGAGCUCAGCAGGGCUCCACCGAUCAUAUCAAAGUCAAAGUUAAAAACAACCACCAAGGUUUUGGAACCAUUGCCAGCUCUGAGGAUAAGUGGAUUGCCCACCAAGAUGAUUUCAAUGAGCUUCUAGCUCAACUGAACAACCACCAUGGUCAAAACAACAGCGCUGAACCUCCAACGUCAGAGGAGCCAAAAGGAUUCAGCUUGGAGGAGAAGUCCAAGACCGGCAAAAAGAGGGUUCAUUACAUGAAGUUCACUAAAGGAAAGGACCUGUCCUCCCGCAGUAAAACUGACCUAAACUGUAUCUUUGGAAAGAGAGGAGGGUCUUCCAAUGACCCAGAGAAGGAGAGCAACAGCAGUGAUUCUCAGGGUGAGGCUGAGAAGAGUGUUACUCCUGCGGCGUUCAAAGUGGAUACAGAGACCAUCACCAACACUGUGAAAAGUACUCUCACUAUGCAGGAGUACUUUGCUCAGCGAAUGGCUCAGUUGAAGAAGUCUCGUGGACAGGCCGAGAGUGAAGAACCAUCGAUGGAGACAGACGAGACUUCAGGUCAAUCUGAGGAACCCAUCCUCAUCCCCACUGACGACUCAGAAGAACCCAAAAAGAAGAAGAAGAAGAAGAAGAAGAAGAACACGUCAGACGAUGAUCUAGAAGUGGUAGAAGAGAACAGUACCUCCGUUCCUGUCAUAACGGUGGACGAUGAGGACCAGCAGCAGGAGAGUUCAGGGAAAAAGAAGAAGAAGAGAAAAAUGGUAGAAAGUGAAGAGGCUACAAAUGAGAACUGUAGCUCAACCUCCGGUGUUGAGCAGAACUCAGAGGAACUGCCUCCAUGCAAGAAGAAGAAGAAGAAGCAUAAAAAACAGCAUAGGGAAACUGAGCUUCAAAAUGGACAUGAGCCAACUGAGGAUCAAAGUGUAGACUCUGAAGCUGUUGGCAAAAAGAAGAAACACUUCGAGGAGGUGGGCGAUGAAGACAAGGUGGAGGUGGUAGAGAAGAAAUCUAAAAAGGACAAGAAAAAGAAAAGGAAACAUCAAGAAUAGGAGAUGAGAAGGAGAUUAGACCCCUCAAAGCUGCAGAGUAAAACCCAAAACUCUGACUGUGGGCCACAGGGAUACACAUUGCAGCAGAUGGCAAACAAGCCUAACAGAAAAAACUAAACAUUAUUGGGAAGAAAAUAUAUUUGUUCGUUUUUAUACAUUUCCAGGCCAAUGGUUGCUCUGUUUCUAGUCUAUACGCUAAGCUAAGCUAACAGGCUGUAGCUUUGUAUUUAACAGACAGAUGCAAGACCUGUAACGAUGAAUUUAUCAAACACUCGGCAAGAAUGAAAUUACUAUUCUUUGAAUGUAUUUAAAAACUCCCUUUCUGUACAUCUGACUGACUGCUAAGUCUAUAAUGUAUUCAUACAGACAUAUUUUGACAUUUUUAAAUGAGUAAAAUUGGGAAAACAAUGAAAUGCAUGCUGGCGAUUGCUGUAAUGAAUACAAAUAUCCAGAUUAAUAAAUUCCAUAAAGCCAAAAAAAUAUGCAGGAAAAUUGUUUUUGUUUUGUUUUUUUUAAACGAUAUGCAAUUUUUCUUCAUUUUUGUUCAGACAAUGGAUAUGUUCUUAAAUGAAAGCGACACAGAAAGUCACAUUUGUAAAUUUGAACAGAAACACACCGUAAUUGUUUUCCUUCCAUGUGAUUUGACAAAUAUGAACUGAUGCCAUUUGAUGUUUUUCUGAAAACCGUUGGUCUGACCCAUUCAUGAGCUGUAAGAAAAAAGACAUGUUGGCCCUUCGACAGGAUCACAUGAGUUUUUAAAUAAAUACAAAUAGCAAUG